AAGCAUCUUUUUUGCGAAAGCAACGGCAAUUCAAUCGCAAGAAGGAAUACCUUGUCAAGUGCUAUGGCUUGCCAGAGCACGAAGCAACAUGGGAGUUGGAGCGAACAAUCAAGCAAGUUUCGCAUUUCAAGAAGCUUGCCCAAGUCCUACGUGAGAAAAGAGAUCAAGGCGACAUCAAGGGGAAAAUGUUGCGAACAAAUGGAUCUAACUAA